UUUAAACAGCAUAUCUCUGUUUUCUUUGAUGGGUCCGGAUCAACCCGUUGAGAGUUAUCUUCUUGAAUCCCUGAUCAAAUCUGCAAUUCGUCGACGUUGAUGCCGGAGUAACAGUGGCAUGGCGGAGGCAUUGGCCAUUGCAGUAGGAAAAUACACAUACGUACACGAAGUGGGUAAAGGCCCACCUGAAGCCAUUGACGCUCACCAUAUUGUGGUUCGAAGGAGUAGAGAAAAGGGUUUCAAUUUGUGCCUAUUUACUCUUCUCCUUUUUGCCUAUCCCACCUUUCUGUUAUUCUGGCAGGGAAAGCUAGAUACUCUUCAUAUUUGGAGCUUAGUUAUCAUGGCAUUGCUUAUGCGGUUAUUUCUAAAGAAGCCAGUUAAGAAAGAGUCUGUUCUAAUUCUGCCAGCUUUUGGAGUUCAACUUGAGACUCAGUAUGGAAGUGGGAAAACAGUUCGCCAGUUUGUCCCCAUUAGCAGGAUUUUGAAACCAGUGCUGACAGAAUGUGUCACACCAGUCACCUGUUAUUGGAGUCUAUCUUUGAUUAUUCGAGGAGAGGAAGAACUUAUGCUAGUAUUCAAGGAAUUGCGUCCACCAGUGAAAAUGCUAGCGCCCAUCUGGAAGGCUUUAUGUGCUGCCAUUGAAUGUGGAGAAUGCACGGAGACGAUUACAUAGAUUGUAAUAGUAUAAUAUCAACCAAUUCAAUUUCUAGUAUAAAUUUUUUUUCAGCAUUUGUAUUCUUUAGAUUUGAAGUUGUAAAUGGCAUUGAUAUAGUCCUCCAUAUUAUCAUCACACAUGCUUCCUGCAAAUGGCUAAAUCAUAUGAGCCUGUUACUGCAUUGGAACCACUUUUCAUACAGGAUA